AAUGACAGUAUAACAUAAUGAUGUGUUAAUGUUUAACAAAUACAGUUACUUACGAUAAAUCUUUCAGGUAUAAACAAAUUUGCUUCCUUAAGCUAGCUUCAUAAUAUCCAGUUGUUGAUGCACUGGAAUCAGCAAAGCAAAAGACAAAGAGUGAAAGACGCCACUUUAGAAAUGGAAACAGCUCUGAUACACCUCAUCAUUCUUGGGGUCAUCUCAGGUUUGAGUGAAGGAUCUGGUGUGUUGCCUGAUGGUCCUCUGAAUGCAGCUGUAGGAGAAACUGUGAUGUUCACUACAACACUGACUCCAACAGAAACACCAUUUCUGUCUGUGGUCUGGGUUUUUGGUUCUAAGAAUAUAAUAACCUCAAGUACUGCAAACAUAACUGGAGCCGGGUAUGAAGGCAGGAUCACCCUCUUCCCAUCUACUGGAUCUCUGGAGCUCAGGAGUCUGACUGUGAAUGACAUUGGAGAAUACACAGUUCGCAUUUCACCAGCUGGUGAACCAGCAAAGACAGGAAGAACCAGACUGGAGAUUUAUGAGCGAGUCUCCAAUAUAAGUGUAACAUCCAGCAGCACAGACUUGACUGAGUUUAAUAGCUCUGUCUCUCUGUCCUGCUCUGCCUCUGGAUCCGCCCUCUCUUUCCUCUGGCUGAACGGCAGUUCUGUGGUUACAGAAAGUGACAGAGUUCAUCUCACUGAUGGAGGCUCCAGUGUGGUUAUAAACGUGACCCGUUUUGAUCAGGGAUCAUUCAGGUGUCGCGUGGCCAAUCCUGUCAGUAAUGGUGCCAGUGAGCCAGUAAAUCUGAACAUCAAUUAUGGCCCAGAAAAUACAAAUGUGGUUGCAUCACCAUCACAACAAUAUUAUACAACAGGCUCAGACAUCAACCUCACCUGUUCAGUUGAAUCCAGACCUCCUGCCCAGUUUCAGUGGUUUCUGAAUGGAGAUCAGCUGCCUGAUAAUGGAUCAGAGUUCAGACUGAUGGAUGUUCGGAUGAGUCAGAGUGGAAACUACAGCUGUGAGACUUUUAACAGUAUAACUCUGAUAUCUCAAAAAUCUCAACACUCAGUCAUCUCUGUAAUCGCCCCCUCAGACCCAUCAUCUGGAUGUACUGCUGGUUGCAUCACUGGAAUUGUAAUUGCAUGUUUUGUCAUCGUUGCUGCAGCUGCUGGUGGAGGAUAUUACAUUAAUAAGAAAAAGUAA